AUGCACCCCGAUCGAACAAUACCAAUGGUCAUUCAUGGGGAUGAAGGCCGUGGAAGGAAACGACUUCCAGUCAUGGUAGUCAACACCCAUGGCCUGAUCGGUGCAGGAUGCAAGGCCUUCCAUGAGUUUCACAAAGAUGCACCCAGAAUGCAGGAACAGGCUAUGCCUGUAAACAUCAAGGGCCACUCGAUGGAGACACGCUUUCUAUCAUUUGUACUGUCAAAGAAAUCAUAUGGCACCGACUGCUCAUACUUGAUGCGGAUGUUCGAAGCACUGGUCGAGGAUCUAUGCAAGCUUUCAACAACCGGGAUCCAGAUCAAGUCGAAGUCUGGUGUCGAGACGUGGCAUUGUGCAUUUAUUGGAAGUGUUGGAGAUCUACAGUUUUUUGCGAAGGUCGCAAGCCUCACUCGGUCCUAUACCCACGUGAGCAAGCGCAGUGGACAGCAAGCAAAAAAUGGGCUCUGCCACCUUUGCCUUGCUGGCAAACCUGGCUGGGACUAUGAAGACUUCAGUGACAAUCCUGCUUGGUUGCGGUCUGUUGGGAUUGAGCCCCCCUGGGAGAGCCCUCCGGAUUUGAUCUUUCGAUUAUUCCACGAUCCUGGAAAUGCUGGGGGGUUCCUGAAGCCAGACCUCUGGCACUGCCUGCACUUAGGGUGUGGAAAGGUGUUUCUCGCCUCUGCUCUGGUGGAAUGGCUCCCUUUUCUGCCAGGAAACAACGUCCAGGAGAGGUUUGCAUAUCUGGAUGAGCACGCGCAGGCUUACCUGCAGCGACAUGGUCAGAAACUAUACUGUCGGCAUGUGAGCGAGCUGAGCGUUGGUUUCGACUCUUACCAGAAAUGCCCUCAAGGAGCUUGGCAAAAAGCAAGCGAUACAACAUUGCUUCUGGAGAUUUUCGAAGACUUCUGUGAGAAGCAUGCUUCAAUGGCCUCCGAGGAUGCCAUUUUGGGUUGGACGUAUACUGCGGUAGCCAACCUGAAUGCCUGUAUCCGUUUGCUAUACAAGAGUGGGCUGUGGAUGACACAGCAUCAGGCGCUGGAUGCUUCAUCUACAGGCAUGAACUUUUUGAAGUGCUACGGCCACCUGGUUCAUUUGACUUUCCAAGCGAACCGCGAUCGGUUUCCAAUCACUCCGAAGGUUCAUUACAUCCAUCACUUGUUCAUCGACCUGAAGUCCCAAGCUCGGGCUUCCGCCUGGACAUUGAACUGUAUCGCCUUCACGGUACAGAUGGAUGAAGACUUCGUGGGGGUGCAUGCAAGAGCUUCAAGACGUGCAGGUGCCCAGUAUGUCUCGCUGCGGUGUUUGCAGCGUUAUUUGCUCUAUGCAGGCGAGCGAAUCACUCCCGAGUAUCGCCGAACCUCUUGA